AUGGCAGCAGACAGCUCCCUCAACUCCCAACGCCGACAUAAGAAGUAUUUUCUAUGCCGGCAGUACACACUCGUCGAGAGCCUUGAGAGUCUCGGCACCGCUCUGAUCCAAUCUGACAAGGAAGAGCGAGACGAGAAAGUGUUCAAAAAAUCGUCUCCCAACAACAAGCUCACCCUGUACCUGGCGUCGCGGGACCUGGUGGUGGAGACGAACAGCAUCGACCGCAUACAGGGUGUUCUGCACGUGGACCCCGAACACGUCGAUAAUAAGAAGCUGUAUGGUCAAGUCACUCUUACAUUCAGAUACGGACGUGAAGACGAAGAGGUGAUGGGGCUGAAGUUCUGCAAUGAGGCCAUCAUGAGCCUCGCCCAAGUGUGGCCGCUCAACUGCAACCACGAGAGGGAACCAAGCACGGCUUUACAGGAGGCCCUAAUGAAGCGUCUGGGCGCCCACGCGUACCCUUUUCAACUGGAGCUUACGCCUUUGGCGCCCCCUAGCGUGCAGCUGGUACCCGCUAAGCAGUACCACGGGGCGCCCAUUGGGACAUCUUACGACGUUCGGGCUUUUAUCGCGGAGAAAGUCGACGAGAAGGUGUCGCGGCGCAACAUGGUGCGCAUGGGCAUCAGGGUCCUGCAGGGCGCGUCGCGGGCCGCGGCCGCCGCCGCGCUGCCUCCGCCGUCGCCCGCGCACAACUCCUUGAGCGCUAUGGCGCACCACCAGUUACUGAGACUUAAAACGCGCAUGAAAUGUGCCCCUGAUGAAAACUGCGCCGCAGAAGCAGGCGAAAGCUCCAACCCUACAGAGCCGGCCGCGCCUCGCGUGGUCGUUGAAAAACCGUUCCUGCUUUGCGACGGUCGACUGAGGCUGGAAGCGUGGCUGGACAAGUCCGCCUACCACCACGGCGAGCCCAUCAUCGUGAGCUUCUCCAUCAUCAACCACUCCAACAAGACUGUUCGACGCAUCAAGGCAAUGGUCGUCCAACAUGUGGACGUUUGCAUGUUCUCGAACGGCAAGUUCAAGAACGUGGUGGCCUUCGAGAAGGACAACACCCCCGUGCUGCCCGGGCAGAGUCUCGACGGCUCCUACACUAUGAUACCUAGCCGGGGUGUCACAAAGAAUUGGAUAGCCCUCGAGGAUUCCUAUUCAAAAACCGGGGCCUGUCUAGCAUCCACGGUCCUGUGCAAUUCAAACUCGCCCGAAGACCGCAACGUGUUUGCCAUUUACGUGUCCUACUACGUGAAGAUAAAACUGAACGUCAGCGGUAUAGGCGGAGAACUGUCAGUUAAGCUGCCCUUCUCGCUCUCACAUGCUAACAUUAAUGAAGCUCCUACUGAUAGUGUGAUGGAAGAAGCUACGCACCGCAUGAUCCUCGAAGGCAGAGAGAACAGUGACGACGAAGAUGAAGAUGAAGAAGAUAAGGAAGACGAAGAAGCCACUGCGGACGAAAAUCAACAAUCUGACUUAGAGGAAGACUCAAAACCUGUAAACGGGCGUCGUUGCGUCUCCGCCGACGUUUGCGUCAACAUCAUCGAGAACAAAUUGUGUGAGAGGCCUCGUUUCGAAGGGCCAACUCAAGUCCGUAAGUGCAACCCUGAUGAUGACGACAUGAACCUUAUUGUUCGCUACCCCGGCCCGGAUACGUGAUCCGACGAGGAGCCAGACGCAACCAACGGGGCAAGCAAGACUGAUGAAGCAACGAAAGCAACACCGCGCAUGAUCGACGUCCAUGCGAACGUCGAAGAGAAAACCAGCUUCUUUGGAAAGCUGAGGCAGUCGGUUUGCUGCUUGAACCGUCGUCAUUCGUAAACUGGACUGUAAAAGUCUUUGCCUUCGACAAUUAACAUAGUGAUGUUGAACUGUUAUGAACAUUGGUAUUAUUAAGAGAAACCCUAGCUUCAAAUUACCCGCAGUCCAAUGACAUUGAAAUGUCAAUCGUUUUCAUGUUUAUCUAGUCGGAACUUUUAAAAGUUAUAACUGUAUAAUUGUUCAACUGUAGAUUAAGGAUCGAAGUCAGAAGACUUGGUGGUGCCGAAUUAAGCCUGAAUGGAGUUACGCUUACUAAAUUAUAGUAGGUUAGACAUUUAGCGUCAUUAAGAUCUACAUUAUUAUGAAAAAUA